AUGCCCUGUGUCCGGGCCCUCUAUGUCCUGGCCGCCGUGGGCGUCUGUGGCGCGGUCGCCUUCCUAGGCUACUGCGUUUACUUCGACAGGAAGCGGAGGAGCGAUCCCGAGUUCAAGCGGCGGUUGCGGGACAAAAGAAGAGCAGAGCAGCAAAAGGCUAAGGAACGGGGUGUGCAGUCUCGAGAGGCUUUGAGGAAUGAGAAGCUACAAGAGUUCUUUCUUCAAGAGGUGCAAAUGGGAGAACUUUGGUUAUCCAGAGGUGAACACAAAAUAGGAGUCGAACAUCUGAGCAAUGCCAUUUUAGUAUGUGGGCAGCCACAGAAACUUCUGGAGGUUUUCAAACAAACGCUGCCUCCUAUGGUCUUUGAUAUGCUGAUGCGCAAACUACCCGCUAUGUGCCAGCAAUUUGAGGCAGAAAUGAAUGAACAGGAAUGCCUUGAGGAUGAUCCUGAGUGAAAA